AUCAUAUUCUGUAGGUUUCAUCAUGUCCGUCUACAGAACCGAAGGGAAACUCUUGUAUUUUCUCAUCGUUGUAAUGGCAGGAGCAGAGGUCCAGGACAACAUCUCACCGGAGUGUAAGCAGUUCUUGUACAUGGGGACUAUACCACGAGGGCUUGAGGAGCAACCUUUGAAAAAGAUUUGCCAGUACUAUGCAGGCAAGCCGCGGUUCUUCACCCUCUAUGACUCCUUCAGCCACAUCCCCGUUUACUCUGCGUACACGUUCAAGCGCUCGGACGGUUCCAAAAAGGUUGAUGUACCCUGGAUGUAUGAGCCACAGCUUUCUUUGGUGUCUGGAUCCAGAGAGAUGGAGCCGUUCCCUUCUGCAAAUAUUCACAAGAGCUUUGAGGAUUCCCAGGCUGUGCUCGACGACUACUCCGACACUGUGAUCUUCGAACGAGGCCAGCUGAAUCCAGACGAGCAUCAGGCCGACCCAGAGGAUAAAGCGGCCACCUACACUCUGACCAACGUGGUUCCCAGGGUCCGAGAGUUCAACAUCGGUCCUUGGAAAAUGCAUGAACACACCAUGCGCAAGAGGCUGAACAACUACUGCCGUGGAACUGCCUAUGUGGUCACAGGGAUCACCACCUCAGGCCACACCAUUCGCCGCCAUAACAUUAACCGCCUGGGCAUUCCUACCUACCUCUGGUCGGCCUACUGCUGCGCUGAGUUUGAUCACAACGCUCCCUACUCGGAGCGCUCAAAGUUUCCUGCGUUUGCUGCUUAUGGGCUCAAUGACAGGGAAAACAACAAGGUUCAAGAGAUGACGGUUCAACAGCUGGAGGACUUCCUGAAGAGGGUAACAUAUGUCAGUGGCUCCUUCCAGAUCUUCUAUGACAACUGUGUGCCUCCUAAUACUGCUAGUGGCCUAUUGGCCUAA